AUGGAGAAACCAGACCAACAGAUUCUGCAAAACGUUUAUCAGGAACAUGUGGGAGGAGUCGAUAACUCGCAAUUGGCUGUUCAGCAGGCGCAACAGCAGCAGAUGGCCAUUCUGCAGCACAUGCCCUCGUACCAGGCAAUCAUCCAGCCAAACUACAUGCAUCUGCAGCGGGUAGCUGGCAUGUCCCUGCUGCCGCAACGGUCUACGGUGUCUAAAGGCAAAUACUCUCUGAAGGACUUUAUAAUAAUGCGAACUUUGGGAACGGGCUCCUUUGGCCGCGUGCAUCUUGUCAAAUCGGUCCACAACAACCGGUUCUACGCGAUCAAGGUGCUGAAAAAGGCCCAGGUCAUCAGAAUGAAGCAGGUGGAACACACAAACGACGAGAGACGCAUGCUCAAGCUCGUGGAGCACCCGUUCCUGAUCCGGAUGUGGGGCACGUUCCAGGACGCGAAGAACCUGUUCAUGGUGAUGGACUACAUCGAGGGCGGAGAGCUGUUCUCGCUGCUGCGGAAGUCGCAGAGAUUCCCCAACCCGGUGGCCAAAUUCUACGCCGCAGAGGUGACCCUGGCGCUCGAGUACCUCCACUCGCACAACAUCAUUUACCGCGAUCUCAAACCGGAAAACAUUCUUCUAGACAGAAACGGCCACAUCAAGCUGACCGACUUUGGGUUUGCCAAGGAGGUCGAGACCGUCACGUGGACGCUGUGCGGGACUCCGGACUAUAUUGCGCCCGAGGUGAUUACCACCAAGCCGUACAACAAGAGUGUGGACUGGUGGUCGCUGGGGAUUCUGAUCUUUGAAAUGCUGGCCGGCUACACUCCGUUCUACGACCAAACCCCAAUGAAGACGUACGAAAAGAUUCUGGCGGGCAAAAUCCACUAUCCUUCGCACUUCCAUCCGGAUGUGGUCCAUCUGCUGUCUCGGCUGAUCACCGCGGACCUGACACACCGUCUCGGCAACCUGCAGAACGGUCCGGCAGACAUUAGGAACCACCAGUGGUUCAGCGAAGUUGUGUGGGAGAAACUGCUACUGAAGGACAUAGAGACUCCGUAUGAGCCCCCAAUUACCGCCGGUGUCGGUGACACAUCUCUGUUUGACCACUACCCAGAAGAACAGCUGGACUAUGGUGCCGUGGGCGACGACCCGUACGGCAAGUAUUUUGUCGACUUUUGA